AUGGCUGCUCCCUCAGCUUGCACCGACUCUGCCGUGGACGGGCAAGAUGAUACACAACCCAAGGAGGGUUUCAUGACGGAUGUUGCACAUGUUGCGGCCGAGCGUGGUCAUCUGGCGACCGAUCAGUAUGGUCAUGCCUUGGUGGAGUUUGAUCAGGCUGCCGAAUCUCGGCUUCGCUUGAAAAUUGACUUGUGUAUUGUGCCGACUGUGGCGCUCAUGUACCUCUUUUGCUUCAUUGAUCGAGCCAACAUCGGGAACGCAAAAUUGGCCGGUUUCAGUAAAGACCUGGGAUUGGUCAAGUACGACUAUAAUGCAGUGCUAUCUAUCUUCUUCGUGGCUUAUAUCAUCUUUGAAAUCCCUAGCAAUAUUGCAUGCAAGUGGAUUGGACCUGGAUGGUUCUUGCCGGCAGUUACUCUUGGCUUCGGCGUUUGCUCCGUUGCUAUGGCCUUCGUGAAAGAUAUUCAGAGUGCAUCUGGUGUUCGAUUUCUUCUAGGCAUGUUUGAGGCUGGCCUCUUGCCGGGCAUUGCUUACUAUCUCAGUCGCUGGUACCGUCGCAGUGAACUCACCUUUCGCUUGUCCCUGUACAUUGUUAUGGCACCUCUUGCCGGGGCAUUCGGUGGCCUUCUAGCAUCCGGUAUCCUCACCCUUGAUCAUUUUGGAGGUCUUCGCAGCUGGCGUAUGCUAUUCGCGAUCGAAGGAAUAAUUACUAUCGGAGUAGCCAUCAUUGCAUUUUUCACGCUGACCGAUCGCCCCGAGACUGCACGCUGGCUCUCACAGAAGGAAAAGGAUUUGGCUAUUGCUCGAGUUAAAUCCGAACGAGUGGGAACUACUGAAGUACUUGACCAGUUGGAUGUUCGGAAGACCCUACGAGGCAUUUUCAGCCCGGUCACACUCAUUACUGCGUUCAUCUUCCUGCUCAACAACAUUACCGUUCAGGGUCUUGGAUUCUUUGCGCCCACAAUCGUUCAGACAAUCUACCCGGAUGCCACCGUUGUUUCCCAACAACUUCAUACGGUCCCACCGUAUAUUGUCGGCGCCUUUUUCACGGUUCUGUUCCCAUACCUAAGCUGGCGCUUUGAUCAUCGGUUGAUUUUCUUCAUCGUCAGUCCCCCUCUGAUGAUUACCGGUUACAUAAUGUUCCUAGCCAGCGAAGACAACAUGGUUCGCUAUGGAGCUACAUUUGUUAUCGCAAGUGGCGCUUUUGCCUUUGGUGCUCUUUGCACCGCCAACUCCUCCGCUAAUGUCGUGUCAGACACUGCGAGAUCAUCCGCCAUUGGAACGACCGUCAUGUUCGGCAAUGUUGGCGGUCUGAUCUCAACGUGGUCAUUUCUGCCCUUUGAUGGGCCCAACUAUCAUAUUGGUAACGGAUUGAACCUGGCAACGGCGACCACAACUCUGGCUCUGGGUGCUGGACUAUGGAUCUGGAUGGUGUGGGACAAUCGCAGACGGAGUCAGAUCGACAUCGACGAUGCUCUCUCGGGUCUCUCGCAGAAACAAAUUCAGGAUCUUGACUGGCGAAAUCCAGCUUUCCGGUGGAGACCCUGA